AUGCGGAGGCUCAAAAAACCGAUGUUGAAGGCAGUUGCUUUCAUCGAAUACUUUUCAACAGGUGCAUCCGUCUUAUUACUACAGCUCUUGUUACUAAAAAUGAAGCACAUGGGACAUGCGAUGCUUUGGGCAAGCCUUCUUCUUGGCCCCAUUGAUGCUCAUCCUCUCCACAAUUCAUUUCAAUGCCACAGCAGCUUCUCUGGAACUACUGACGAAGGAUAUACUCGCAGAGAUUCAACUUGCCGGCAUGUGUGCGGUGUAGCAGAUUUGGAGUUCACCGAAGACGAGUCGAGCUGCAGUUUUGAUGGAAACUAUGGAGACUACGGAUGUACUCCUCCUGGCCUGAUAUCGAGUUCCAUCUGUCUGAGUCUUGAGACCAGUUGGCCAGAAUAUAAUAGCACAACAGCAGACGACUUUCAUGAUGGAGUCCGUAACGGACAGCUUGAAAGACUCUUUGACGAUAACUAUAACACGAUCUGUGGUUUGUGUACCAACCUUCCCUCGGUGCAGGAAACUGGUAAUCAUCAACAUGAGGAGGAGGAUGACUCGUCCACUAGUUCAGGCACAAGCACGUCAAACUGCUUGAGUCCAGAUUCAACGGUGGAGGUUUUGGGCAAGGGUACUACUCGCAUGGCCGAUUUGAAAGUUGGGGACAUCGUGCUUGCACCAAGGGGCAAGCCCGAGACAGUCUAUGCCUUUGCUCAUCAUGCUCCCAAUGUCGAGGUAGAGUUUCUCCAGUUGCACACUAACGGCGCUGCGGACCCAAUAUUGGAAGUCACCAAAGACCAUCUUGUGUUUGUGAAGGGCAAAGCCCAGCCCGUUCAAGCUGGACUCGUAUCUGUUGGGGAUGAUCUGUUCUCUCAAUCAGAGACCACUCUAACAAAAGUCACAAGAAUCACCAAGGUUCAGAAACAUGGUGCAUACGCCCCGUUGACUCCAGAUGGUGUCGUUGUGGUCAAUGGGGGGAUUCAAGUUUCAAGCUAUGCCAUUCCCAUCUCGGACGAUGCUUCUUCGCUAGCAUUGCUCAAGUUUCUUGGGGACCGUGGUCUGUCCUCGCACAGGUUGGCACACUUAUUCAUGGCACCCCUCAGGCUGGUGUGCAUGGGAGUGGCCCCCAGCAUGUGCCAAAACAGUGUCUUGCUUGACGAUGAAACUGGCAUGCCCUUGUUUGUUUCCUGGUUGAUAGGUUUGGUCAAGCUGGCUGACAAGUAUCUUCCGUUGGCGUUACAAGUUGGUCCACUUUGUGGGAUGCUUGUGCUAUUGUCGCCUAUGCUGGUAAUGGAAAGCUUCGUUGGCCCUCAACUGGCACCAUGGUUUCUGUUUGCAAUCGUUACGAUUGGACGUGCCUAUGCCUCUCAAAAUGCGAAAACUAGUGUGGAACCGAAGAAGAAGGAACAGUAG